AUGUUAACCUUUCAUCUUCUGGCCAAGAAGCAGUUUAGGUUUGCUGCAAGGAUGUGUCCCAGACUGUUGUCCAGAAAUGCCUCUUGGCUUUCUGACAUCCAAACUCGUGCCGUUCUUGCAAAGGGAAAACCAAUAUUUAGUUCCCGCAAACUGAACCCUUUAAGGUCUGCCCCUGCCCCUGCCCUAGUUGACAUACCUAUUCAGAAUAUGUUCCAAGGAAGAGUGUCCACCGUGUCUGGUCCAGACUCCAUGAUCAGCCCGUCUUUUUUCACCUCUUCAGACAACCUAUUCUACUCUCAAACUCCUCUUCUCAUGAGGAGAAGCAACGAUCAUGACAAAAAAGAUGAUCAAACCGAUACAUCCGAAAAGCCAAAGGACAAAGACGAUGAUAUUGACACUUCUGACAAAGAAACUCCUAAAUCAAACGAUGUCCCUGAUUCAAAGCCUACCCCAAAGCCUGCGAAAUCUUCCAGAAAAGCUUCAAAGACCUCUCAUGUUGCUUCUGCAGGUGCUUCCGGUGCUGCCGGUUCGUCAAACGGCUCGAAAGGCGGUGAUUCUGGUGACGGCCCUCGUCCCAAACCGAAGGCUAAGCCUCAUAAUGUUGUCGAGCUUCCUGAAGUUUACCCUAAAAUUAUAGCUCUUCCAAUAUCUCGUCGUCCACUAUUUCCUGGAUUCUACAAAGCUGUGAUCAUCUCUGAUAUAAAUGUUAUUAAGGCUAUAAAGGAGUCCCUUGAUCGCCAAUAUCCGUUUAUUGGUUGUUUUCUUUUCAAAGAUGAGAACAUGGAGAGUGAUGUCAUUGAAUCCAAGGACCAAGUUUACGACACUGGUGUUUUGGCUCAGAUUACUUCCAAUGUUUACACCAAAGAUAGUGAAACUGGUGUUGAGACGUUAACUACUGUUCUUUAUCCCCAUAAGCGUAUUAGAAUUGACGAACUGUAUCCUCCUCUCACACAUUCUGAAAAGGCUAUUGUUCCUGAAAUUGAUGCUAAGACGAUCGCUGAGAAUGUCGCAAACAAAAGUGCUGACAACAGCAAACAGAUUAUUGAGGGAAUUACAGGUGAAAAGGAAGGUGACGAACCCCAAAAGUCUGUGGAACCUUCAGAGAUAAUAUCAGCCGCAGAGAAGGAAGAGAACUCUAAUGACAGUUUGGCAUCUCCGGCCGACGAAGAGGACAAUCCGACUGUUUUCUUAGAGAAAUAUCCGAUUACUUUGGUUAACGUUUCGAACGUUGAAGAUGAAAAGUACGAGAAGAACGAUCCGGUGAUCAAUUCUCUUACUGCUGCAAUUUUGGAAGUUUUGAAAGACAUGUCUUCUCUCAACAAGUCGUUUAGCGAUCAGUUGGCUACUUUCAGUGCUUCAUUACACAGCGAUAUCUUCAACUGCCCCGAGAAAUUGGCUGAUUUCGCUGCCGCUGUCACUGCGGGAGACCAAAAAGAUCUUCAAGAGAUUUUAGAGUGCCCAGAUGUUGCUAAGAGAUUGGAAAAGGCUCUCACAGUACUAAAGAAAGAACUGAUGAACAAGGAAAUGCAAAAGAAGAUUGAAAAGGAUAUCGAGGAGAGGAUGACCAAGCGUCAUAGAGAAUACCAUCUUAACGAACAAUUGAAGUGGAUCAAGAAGGAGCUUGGAAUUGAUGAUGGACGUGAAAAACUAAUUGCCAAGUAUAAUGAAAGGGCCAAGAAGUUGCACAUGCCUCCCGAUGUUAAAAAAGCUUAUGACGAUGAAAUCAACAAAUUGCAAACCUUGGAACCAAUGAUGUCCGAGUUCACCGUCACUAGAAACUACUUGGAUUGGUUAACGCAGAUACCUUGGGGUAAGCAGUCCAAAGAUAACUACAGCAUUAAAAGAGCCAAAAAAGUUCUAAAUGAUGAUCAUUAUGGAUUGGAUGAUGUUAAAGACCGUAUUCUUGAGUUCAUUGCCGUCGGAAAGCUUCUUGAUAAGAUCAACGGUAAGAUUAUCUGUUUUGUUGGACCUCCCGGCGUUGGUAAAACGUCUAUUGGUAAAUCCAUUGCCAAAGCAUUGAAUCGUAAAUUUUAUAGAUUUUCCGUUGGUGGUUUGAGCGAUGUUGCAGAGAUAAAGGGUCACAGAAGAACUUACGUGGGUGCCAUUCCUGGUAGAGUCGUGCAAGCCUUGAAGAAAACUGAGACAGAGAAUCCCCUGAUUCUUAUCGAUGAGAUUGAUAAAAUGUCGAGGACCCAUAGUGUUAAUGGAGGUGAUCCUUCUGCUGCAUUGCUUGAAUUGUUGGAUCCUGAGCAAAACAGUGCAUUUUUGGAUAACUACAUGGAUGUUCCAGUUGAUCUUUCUAAGGUACUUUUUGUUUGUACUGCCAACACAUUGAACACCAUUCCGUUGCCACUUUUAGAUCGUAUGGAAGUGAUUGAGAUUUCUGGCUACAUUGAAGAUGAGAAGAUAAAGAUCGCCGAGAAGUACUUGGCACCAGAGGCUAAGAAACACGCCGGUUUGGAGCACGUCAAGGUGGAUAUUACUGAGGAUGCUCUGAAAAGCUUGAUCAAAAGUUACUGUCGUGAAAGUGGUGUUCGAAACUUAAAAAAACAGAUUGAAAAAAUCUACCGUAAGGCUGCCUUAAAUGUUGUCGAGACCGUGGGAGAUCCAGAGGGAGAAGAGGCAGAAUCAGUUGUCGAGGAGAGCCAAGAGAAGGAGAUCGAGAAGAGAGAGGCUGCAGAGGCUAAGAAGGAGGCCGACACGGAGGCUGAGAUUGAGGCCGAGAAGAACCUCAAAGAAGAUCCCGCUACUGUAUACGGUAAGAAGACAGCUUCUGAAGUUAAGAAGGACGAGAAAGCAGACGUGCUCUUCAAGUCUCAGAAGCCUGAAAAAGAAGCUGUUGCAAAGAAGAUCAGAGAUAAAGUUACUAGGAUCGUAGUUCCAGACGAUUACUCUGUUCAGAUCACUCCCGACAACUUGAAGGACUACGUAGGACCACCUGUGUUUAUCUCAGACAGGAUGUAUCAGACAACACCACCGGGUGUGGCCAUGGGAUUGGCCUGGACCUCGAUGGGAGGCUGCGCAUUGUAUAUGGAAUCUGUUUUAGAGCAUGUUCUUUCCCGGGAUUCGCAUCCUAAGGUGGAGCGAACAGGUCAGUUGGGUGAUGUCAUGAAGGAAUCUGUGAGUAUUGCAUACUCUUUUGCCAAAGGCUUCAUGGCACGUGAGUUUCCCGAAAACAAGUUUUUCGACAAAGCUCAAAUCCAUUUACAUUGCCCAGAAGGUGCCACUCCAAAGGACGGACCUUCUGCUGGUGUCACAAUUACCUCCUCAUUCCUUUCGUUGGCAUUAAAUAGACCGUUAAGGCCUGACGUGGCUAUGACGGGUGAGAUCACCUUGACAGGUAAAGUGUUGAGGAUUGGUGGUUUAAAGGAGAAGACUUUAGCUGCCAAGAGAUCUGGCGUUAAGACAAUCCUCUUCCCGAAGGACAACGAGGUUGAUUGGAAAGAGUUAUCAGAAAACGUUCGUGAGGGUUUAACACCAAUUCCUGUUGACUGGUAUUCAGAUGUGUUUAAGGCAUUGUUUUCAGUCAGCAAAGAGGAGGGUAACAAUGUGUGGAAGAAGGAGUUCGACGACAUUAAAGAGGAAGAGGAUAAAGAAAGGCAAAGAAUUCGUCAAUCAUGA